CCAAGGUUGAGCGACCCUUCCCCAAAUUCCCCGCAUUUGCUUCCUUGCACGUGCCUCUCGCUCUGCACUUUUCCAGCGCCUUGUUUCCGAGCGAUUUCUUUUCUCUGGAGCAUGGCGGUUGCCUUUUGUCUGCGUUUUAUAAAACGUGCGUGCAUGUGCACCUUUCUGGUGAAGCCGAGGGGUUUGCUCAGCUGGGUUCUUCCCCUUCAUUCCUAGCAGUCAGCCUCCCAUACCUUAUGUGCAGUUUUAAAUAACAUAUUUAGCAAUGGUUAAGUGGAAUUAACGACUUGUGUGGUAACGCUUUACGUCUGAUUUCGUGCGGUGGUUUUUUUCUUCUUCCCUUGAUAUCUGUGAGCAAGUGCUUGUCUCUUCCCCCGCAACCCUCCCCGCGCUUCCUCCUCCGUGCGACGUGCGAUUGAAUUAUAUUUAAGCACGCGGCUGGUCUUAAAAAAAGACAGACUGACGGCAAUUAGAAAAUUCGAACAGAGCCCUGCUACGCCCCUGGUGCCAGCGCAUCUUUAAUAGCCCUCUUGCGAAUUCGUUCGUUCAUUUUCUGGAGGGGAGAGGAACCUAAAACAAUUGUCCCGCGUGCUCUUGGAAACUUUACUGGCAAGAACUGAAUCUCGGGCAUACUUCGGGGUAAAAUACGUCCUGAAUCUGCAUCUCUAGUCCUGGAAUCAGAAGCCAGCAUUCCGGGGAAGAGAAAAUCCUUUCUGGAGAGACUCCUCUUUAUUGUCUUACCCUAUGGAGGAGCCAGCCCUGCCCAUCCACAUUGAGGAGGGGAUAGACGUUCCAACUGAAAACAAAAACAUGGCAACAAAGGAGAAGCUGCAGUGUCUGAAAGAUUUUCACAAGGACAUCCUUAAGCCUUCCCCCGGCAAGAGCCCUGGAACACGGCCUGAGGAUGAGGCAGAGGGCAAGCCACCCCAACGGGAAAAAUGGGCCAGCAAGAUUGAUUUUCUGUUGUCUGUAGCUGGAGGGUUUAUUGGAUUAGGCAACGUCUGGCGAUUUCCGUAUCUCUGCUAUAAAAAUGGCGGAGGUGCAUUUCUCAUACCUUACUUCAUUUUUCUGUUUGGGGGAGGUCUUCCUGUAUUCUUCCUGGAAGUGGCACUAGGACAAUAUACCUCUGAAGGUGGAAUUACGUGCUGGGAAAAAAUCUGCCCUAUUUUCUCUGGAAUAGGUUAUGCUUCCAUAGUGAUUGUGUCGCUUUUGAAUGUGUAUUACAUCGUCAUCCUGGCUUGGGGGCUGUACUAUCUAUUCCAGUCAUUUGCGUACAUUCUGCCAUGGGCUCAUUGUCAUCACAAAUGGAAUUCAGAAAACUGUGUGGAAGACACCCUCAGGAAGAACAAAACCCUGUGGUUGUCACUCAAUACCACUAACUUCACGUCUCCUGUCACAGAGUUUUGGGAGAACAAUGUCCUGAGCUUGUCUUCAGGAAUUGAUGAACCUGGUAUUAUCAAGUGGGACCUGGCUCUUUGUCUUUUCCUUGUCUGGGUGAUUUGUUUCUUUUGCAUUUGGAAAGGUGUGAAGUCAACUGGGAAAGUUGUAUACAUAACGGCAACAUUUCCAUUCCUCAUGCUUUUUGUACUCUUGAUCCGUGGUGUCACUUUACCUGGAGCGGCAGAGGGCAUCAAGUUCUACCUUUACCCUGACAUCUCUCGUCUGUCAGAUCCACAGGUCUGGAUAGAUGCUGGGACACAGAUCUUCUUCUCCUAUGCAAUCUGCUUAGGUGCAAUGACUUCCUUGGGGAGCUACAAUAAAUACAAAUACAACUGUUACAGGGACUGUUUGCUGCUGGGAUGCCUGAACAGUGGUACCAGUUUUGUGUCUGGCUUCGCAAUUUUUUCCGUCCUGGGCUUCAUGGCACAAGAGCAAGGGGUGGACAUUGCUGAUGUGGCAGAGUCAGGUCCAGGUCUGGCCUUCAUUGCUUAUCCAAAAGCUGUGUCCAUGAUGCCAUUGCCAACUUUUUGGGCUAUUCUUUUCUUUGUUAUGCUUCUGUUGCUUGGCCUGGACAGCCAGUUCGUUGAAGUUGAAGGACAGAUCACAUCAUUAGUUGAUCUGUACCCAUCCUUCCUAAGGAAGGGUUACCGACGGGAAAUCUUCAUUGCUGUAGUAUGUUUCCUCAGCUAUCUUCUGGGACUAACUAUGGUGACUGAAGGUGGCAUGUAUGUGUUUCAACUCUUUGACUACUAUGCAGCUAGUGGUGUAUGCCUUUUGUGGGUCGCAUUCUUUGAAUGCAUUGCUGUAGCCUGGGUUUAUGGCGCUGACAAUUUUUACGAUGCCAUUGAAGAUAUGAUUGGUUACAGGCCUGGUCCUUGGAUGAAAUGGAGCUGGAUUUUAAUUACACCAAUUCUCUGCAUGGGGUGCUUCAUCUUUUCUCUGGUCAAGUAUACCCCCCUGACCUACAACAAGGUCUACAUCUACCCUCAGUGGGCAGUCGGUCUGGGCUGGGUGCUUGCUCUUUCAUCUAUGAUCUGCAUCCCACUGGUUACAGUUAUCCGUAUCGUGCAGUCAGAUGGCUCCCUCCUUGAGAGGGUGAAGGCAAUGGCUGCUCCUCGUGAGAUCACGCGGUGGGACAAAGAAACAGAGAUUGCUGCCACAUUCUGCCCUCCUGGCCUGGCCAACGGAGAACUGAUCAAGCCGACUCAUGUCAUCGUGGAGACAACGAUGUGAGCUCUCUCUAUGAGAGGAGGACACCUGCUUUAAAACUGCCGUUUACUAACCAUAGAAUCUUUCAUAGGACCAGGUUUACAGAGCUUUAUAUUUGCACUAGGGUUUAUUUUUAUUUCUCACAGAGAAAGUAAUUUUUUGUGUGUUUGGUUUUUAUUUUUUAAUAUUUUGUAAAGUAAAUCACAGCAGAUGCCUCUCCUGCUCUAUUUAGAGGCAGAGCUUUCAUAUCAAAUUAGGCACACUGCAGGAAUUUACUUUCUGUUUUCCACACAGCAUAUCUACUAACUUCUAUUCAUAAUGCUACUUUACCACUUUUGAGUUGAUUUUCUUGCCAACAAUAUAGCCAGGCUGCAAUCCUAUGCACACGGUCUUGCAAAUAUGCCUCAAGGAACACAAUGGGACUUACUUCUGAGUAAACAUAUGUAGGCUUGUGCUGAUACACACACAUACGUAUGUGCACAUGUACAAGUUUCAGAUUUCUCUGGGUGUUGAUGUGGUUGGGAACAGGGUAGAGAAAAAUAACCCCUCUAUAUAGCAAAUUUCAUUUUGGAUUUUUUUUUUAACCCAAAGCUCUGACUUUUUAGCAAGUGGUUUUUAAAGGUGUGGCACUAUCUUCCUCUGGUUGAAGCAGGAAGAAUUAAAGAAAGGAUACAUGUUUUUGUGCUUGCUGUGAGCCAUGUGGGAAUAUAUUUAUGUGUAUAAUUGGAAAAGCUGCAAUAUAAGCUGGGGAUUGGAACCAGGGGAACAAUCUGAGCAGCUUGUGAACAGGCUCUAAGAAGGUGGCAGACUCAUUUUUCCUGGCGAGGCAUUUCAACCAAUAAUUCCUUUUGGGGGCAGAGGAGACAACUCCUUCCAUCACAGGAGGAGUUGAUUCUACAUUCAAUAACAAGGAGAGUUUCUCUGCGGACUUAGAUUCAGAUUGGAGUACGAUUGAGUUUCACAUAGAUUUAGAGAGAUCACCUAAAUCAUCAUUUACAUCAUUUAUAGUUGAUGUGAAAUGCUAGUAAGCCUGAAUCUGUCACCCAUUACCUCAAAACAGGAGUGUAACUUGGCAGUGUGGUCAAGUAACUGAAGAAUAUAAAAAAUGGCCUUUUAUAGGCUGCACCUGAGAAAUAAGCUGUUUUGACUUGAAUUUUCUUAGAACAUUAGGCUGGUUUCAGAAAACCCAUAAAUGCUACAUUUAUAAGGAUGCUGCAAACCAUAUUUAAUGUCACAAAUUUGCCAAACUUUAUCGUUAUCAGAGCAAAAAAAGGAGUGUUGGGCGUGUAUCAUACCAGUCAGCUAAGUUGCAUAUCGCUGAGUGCAGAUGCAGAAAAUGGCCACUAGAAUCACUAUUGAUGAAGCUACUGCAACAAGAAAGCACAGAAGGAGUACAGUUGAGAAAAAGUAUGUAGACUGAUAUUCACAGGCUUAAGAUGUCAUCAUUUGUAUCACAUUGACAUGAAGAAACACAAGGAAAUGAUGUAAACUAUAAAUCUGUUUUAGACUGGAUGAGGCAUAAAACACUCAACAGGAGUUUUAUUGGUAAGCCAAGUUCCCCACUUUCUCUAGAAUAAGCGUUUGCUUCUGGAAACCUCACCUCAAAUUCUGCAAAGCUCUUGUUAUCUUCAACUGGCAUUGACUAGAGGCUCAAGCCUUUUCCGUACGGGCAUUGACCUUGGGGAUGGGUGUCCCCUUUUAGCUUAGUAUUGGCACUAAACACAACUCGGGCAGGAUUGUGAGCCAGUAAUAGCAAAAAACCUUUUGUUUGUAAUUUUUGAUAACUUUGUCUGUCAGUGACAGAUACUGUAGCUGAAACUGGAACUUAACCAGUAUUUGAAAACAUUCCUAUAUGCUUUAAGAAAAGAAAGAAAUUGAGAAACAGUUUGUGUCUUAUGCUCUCCAUGGCCACCACAUAUCGGUUAUGCACAUGCUUGCUAUCUUAGUUUUUAUAUUAACAAAAAGAACUUUAAUUAAAUAAAGGACCAAAACAGUUAUUUCAAGUGUCUUGUUUAGCUAAUAUUUGUUUGUGGAUGGAGUCUGUGAUUUAUUUUAUGUGAGGGAACAGAGCUUUCAGUAUAUGCAGGUGGCCACGAUCUAAACGCUUUUGCUUUCCUGUUACCGAGAGCUCUAAAGGAAACACUUCCAGAAUACAAAUCCUUUGGAAAUGUUCACCUUCCUACUGUACUGAAUAAUGGCCAGUAAAAAGGUUAGUUACAAAAGAAGCAAGGAAGCCAAGAGAAAGCUGCUGUUUGGCUUUGUUUUCUAAUCCUGCAAAGCCAAAGAUGGAGGCAUUGGCAUCCCAAACUCCAUUGCAUUCCAGAUCGGACUGCAGCUUAACUAAAUGAAGCACAAGUUGUUGGUAUUGUUGAAGGCAGUGAGAAAUUAGGAUGAAGGCAAGUCUUAACAGUUAAUUCACUUGACUUCCCUGGUGCAUUUUACAUGAAAGGUAGUACAAUAUUUUGCUACAGGAAUAGUUUCAAGAACAGCCACGGAACCAAAAGCAGAGAUAUCAACCAGGGGAAUACUCUUAAGCGCAUAGUAUGAGAGGAUGUAUUUCAGGAACAAACCAGAGAAUCAGUCCUAUACCUUUAGAGUUCCAGCUAACGAAGAAUAGUACCCAACCUAUUUUGAGGUUAAGCUGUGCAAUUAGAACCAGUUGCUUCCAUGCUAAAGUAAAGAGGUUUUCUAGUCAUGACCUGAAGUCACGAAGGUCUCUUACAAGGAAAAAACCAAUUAAUCAAGUUGCAACACAAGAUUCAGUCCUUCACCCUUUGGUUUUUCUUUCAAGGAGCAUAUUUUCAUAUAGCAAAACUUGUGAAUAAUAGAAUGUGUUAAAUCUGAAUGUUAAGAAUAGAUUCUGCCAAAUGAGGCCAAUGGAUGGGAAAGUGUGGGGCAGGGGAAAAUUACUGUUUGUAUUUUCUACUUAUUUAUGACUGCAAAAAGACUUUUUUUUUCUAAUUUCCUUUGUAGAAUUGUGUGGCCUAUUUUAUCCAUCCUUUGUAAUGAAGAAGUUAAUAUUCAGUAUUGUGACUAACUUGUUGGUGAACUGGUUUGGAUAUGGGGGAUGGGGAUAGUUUAAAUGUUUAUUCAAAGAAAUAAUUGCAUUUCCAAAAAUGGGGGGGGGGGCUGGGAAGAACAUUAGAGUGUAACAAUUUGUUGUCAUGGAAGUGUGGCAUGUUUUCUCAACUGCUUUGGAUGUGAGUGAAGUAAAAUAGGUUAUGACAGCAGUAAAUGGGCAUUUGCCAAUGUCUAGUCAAAACAGUUGGACAUACCUGUGUUUGCAACCAGCCAUUUCAGGCUUGUUUCCAACCAAGGCAGGAUCUUUAGAUGUCUGGAAAUGUGUCCUCCUCUUAGUCCAAUCUUCCAAGUUGUCAACAAUUUAAUAAGUAACUAUAGUACUAAUGGAGGGUAUUAGUACAGUCAUUCACAUUUCACAGUGUAUUGUCUUUAGACAUUGUACUUGAUUAUAAUGAAACUGAACUUACUGGGCCAUCAAUCCAGCUGAAAACCUAGUUGAAAUAAAUUAUUUGAUCUGUAACAGUUGAAUGGCCAUAGAAGCAAGAACAGAGAUGAUGGGAAGAAGAGGAACUGGAGGACAGAUGGGUUCUAAUAGAAGGAAACCUACAAUGCUGGAAUGCUUUAUUUUUUGCUUUUGUAUGCACCGUGCAGUCUUCCAUAUUUACAUGGAAGUAAAUAAGUGGAAGAGAGGACAAUAAGUGAAACCUGCUUCUGAGGCCACAUGUAAAUACCAGUGUUGUAAAAGGAAACAGUUUGAAGAAGCUAGAAACAUUUUGGAAUUUAUGACCUAUUUGACAAGUCAGCUCCCCAGAGUCAUUUGAAGUGGGCUGGCUUAAUAAAUAGAUAACAAACAGUUGUCAUAGCUUGCUGUAGUUGAGGGCCUGAGACCAAAUUUUUUUAGUUAAUACAGCUACUCUUUAAACUCUUUAAGUGCAUGAUUGCUACAGAUUAAAGGCCAAAUAUAAACCAAAACUGAUUGUCAUACUGAAAGACAAUCAUAUCCUCCAGAGGCACAAUUUUUUUAUUGAAUGUUAAUAGCGAUUAAUCCAAAAUUGAAACUCACUUUUUAAAGUUUUUUAUGUAUCCUAAGCUGAAGUACUUUGCCUUGCUGAAAACAAACCUGUUGAAACCCAGGAACACUCCAGCUCAUUCAACACAUUUGACCAAAUAUCUAGUUGAAUCACCAGUCUACUUUCCUAACUCUGCCUAGCAAUAGAAUUCAAAGUCUUGUGUGUAGCAUUAGGGAAUAUUGACAAAGGCUUUUGCAGGCCGAUAGUGGUCUGCUAAAAAGGAGAAUUGCACUCCUAAUGCUAACCACUUGGCAUAAUCUGCAGUUCAUUUAAGCUACACUACUUUGAUUCUGCUAUAGAAGGAGAGGUGGAAAAGAAAAAUGCAAUAUGUGUGCUCUUUUCAGGAAAUAAAAUAAGGCCAUGCACUUUAUGAAUCUCAUGUUCUGCUGAGACAUACAUUUCUAUCUGUAAAACUAGAUCAGAAACUUAGCUUCACACAAUUGGAUCCAAAUCUUUGGAGGAGAAUCAGUAUUUUUCUAGAAUAAAAUGUGGCAAAAGAAAAAUAAUACAUUAUCUAAGAACAUAGAUGUUGACAUUUGCAGAUUUCAAAACACACUGUGCAGGUUUGGCCAAAGAGAAUACUUGCUCCAGAGAUAGGCCGGCUCAUUCUAAACAUGUACUUGCAAAUAAGCCAUGCCGUUUUCAGUGGAACUUCCCUUCUGGUGACUUCGCUUAGGGCUAGAGCCCCUACCUUGCAGUUUGCAGCUGGGCUCAGUACCUACAGGAGUUGUCUAGCUCAGCUACGUUUGCCAAGUCCUGGUCAUUUCAGAAGCCAAGUGGGCUAAGAUAGCUGGCUUUCUGAAGAUCCCGUUCUUUGGAGAACCAGACUGCACAGUUAACAAGCUCUCUCGGGAGAAGUAAGAGGCCUAACAAGCCCCCAAAUGACUCACUAAUGCUCAGCAACAGGAAGGCACUGCGGACGCUGGUGUCGCGUGGCUGUGAUGUGUUCUAGGAACGGAGGGGGUUGGCUUGUGAGGAACUCAAUGGCAGCUCGAGAUUGUUCACUGAUGUCUCUCCCCACCCAUCCUCAACCUGCCAGCGCAGUAUGCUGAUAAAUUCACUGUUGUAAUAGAACAUGGUUGUGUCAUUAUUGCUGUAUUUGUGCUGUUGAAAUUAUGAAAGGAAUGCCACCCAGGGGUUUUAUGGUUAUAAAAUAAGGCAGGCAUCUCUAUUUCUACUGAAAAUGUUGGUGUGCAUUUUUAAUUCUGUAAAUCCACACUUGUGACUACUGACUAAUGAGUGUGGAUUAAGAGGACACUAGAUUAUCCUCCUUUUAAAAAUAAUUUUUAGAAUAAUUUUUUAAAAAGACAUUUUAAAACUGUUUGUCAUCCUUAUUGUUCCAGAAAGGAAUAUUUGUAUAGGAGUAAGAAUUUGGCUUGUACUUCAGCCCUGAAAAUUAGGGUGUGUGUGUGUGUGUUUGUUAUACGUACACAGUAAAUGUUUGUAUUUUGCAGUUUUACCUGUUUUGCUUUUUAGAUAAACGAAAUGGAUAUCAAUAUUUUAAAGUCAUUUUGCUUUUUUAAGAUGAGUUUGUAAUCAUUGCAAAUAAACAAUAAAAAACUUUCAUGUAUAAA